UGUGGUCACUGAUGGAAAGGGUUAAUGUAAGCUCUUUUGAAGGCUUCAUUCUAGUGGGCUUCUCAGAUCGCCCCCACUUGGAGGUGAUCCUCUUUAUGGUGGUCCUCACCUUUUAUCUGUUGACUCUUCUUGGCAACAUGACUAUCAUCUUGCUUUCAGCACUGGAUUCCCGGCUUCACACACCCAUGUACUUCUUCUUGGCCAACCUCUCGUUUCUGGACAUGUGUUUCACCACGGGCUCCAUUCCUCAGAUGCUCUACAACCUUUGGGGCCCAGAUAAAACCAUCAGCUACCUGGGUUGUGCCAUCCAGCUUUACUUUGUCUUAGCCCUGGGAGGGGUGGAGUGUGUCCUCCUGGCUGUCAUGGCAUAUGACCGCUAUGCUGCUGUCUGCAAACCAAUGCACUACACCAUCAUCAUGCACCCUCGCCUCUGUGGGCAACUGGCUUCUGUGGCAUGGUUGAGUGGCUUUGGGAAUUCUCUCAUAAUGGCACCCCAGACAUUGAUGCUACCCCGCUGCGGGCACAGGCGAGUGGACCACUUUCUGUGUGAGAUGCCAGCACUGAUUGGCAUGGCCUGUGUAGAUACUAUGACCCUUGAGACGCUGGCAUUUUCCUUGGCAAUCUUUAUCAUCCUGGCACCACUCAUCCUCAUCCUCAUAUCUUAUGGUUACAUUGCACAAGCAGUGCUUCGGAUCAAGUCAGCUGCUGGACGAAAGAAAGCCUUUAGUACUUGUAGCUCUCAUCUAAUUGUUGUCUCUCUCUUCUAUGGUACAAUCAUAUACAUGUACCUCCAGCCAGCUAACACUUACUCCCAGGACCAGGGCAAAUUCCUUACUCUUUUCUACACAAUUGUCACUCCUAGUGUUAAUCCCUUGAUCUAUACCCUCAGAAACAAAGAUGUUAAAGAGGCCAUAAAGAAGGUACUAGGAAAGGGGAGUAUGGAAGGAUAG